UUGCUUGGACAGCAUAUGCACAGUUACUUUGGCUGCAAUGCUGCUGCAGAGCCCGGUUACUCUGCCUUCCUGGGAACUCCACAGAUAUGUGUCACAAAGAUGUCUACACGGAACUGCCAGGGAAUGGACUCAGUGAUCAAACCCCUGGACACAAUUCCUGAGGAUAAGAAAGUCAGGGUUCAGAGGACACAGAGCACUUUUGACCCAUUUGAGAAACCAACUAAUCAAGUAAAGAGGGUGCAUUCAGAGAACAAUGCUUGUAUUAACUUUAAGACCUCCUCCACUGGCAAAGAGUCUCCGAAAGUUAGGCGGCACUCCAGCCCCAGCUCGCCAACAAGUCCUAAAUUUGGAAAAGCUGACUCAUAUGAAAAACUGGAAAAACUGGGGGAAGGAUCUUAUGCUACAGUAUACAAAGGGAAAAGCAAGGUAAAUGGGAAGUUGGUAGCCCUGAAGGUGAUCAGGCUGCAAGAAGAAGAAGGUACACCUUUCACAGCUAUCAGGGAAGCUUCUCUGUUAAAAGGACUAAAACAUGCUAACAUAGUGUUGCUUCAUGACAUUAUCCACACCAAGGAGACGCUGACACUUGUGUUUGAAUAUGUGCACACUGAUUUAUGUCAGUACAUGGACAAGCACCCUGGGGGACUACAUCCAGAUAAUGUGAAGUUGUUUUUAUUUCAGUUGCUGCGAGGGCUGUCUUACAUCCACCAGCGUUAUAUUUUGCACAGAGACCUGAAACCACAGAACCUUCUGAUCAGUGACACGGGGGAGUUAAAGCUGGCAGAUUUCGGUCUUGCAAGAGCAAAAUCUGUCCCUAGCCACACGUACUCCAAUGAAGUGGUUACCUUAUGGUACAGACCUCCAGAUGUCCUCCUGGGCUCGACAGAAUAUUCCACCUGCCUUGACAUGUGGGGAGUUGGCUGCAUCUUUGUUGAAAUGAUCCAAGGAGUUGCUGCUUUUCCAGGAAUGAAAGACAUUCAGGAUCAACUUGAACGAAUAUUUCUGGUUCUUGGGACACCAAAUGAGGACACGUGGCCUGGAGUCCACUCUUUACCACAUUUUAAGCCAGAACGCUUUACCCUGUACAGCUCUAAAAAUCUUAGACAAGCAUGGAAUAAGCUCAGCUAUGUGAAUCAUGCAGAGGAUCUGGCCUCUAAGCUCCUACAAUGUUCCCCAAAGAACAGAUUAUCGGCACAGGCUGCCUUGAGCCAUGAGUAUUUUAGUGACCUGCCCCCACGGCUAUGGGAACUGACCGAUAUGUCUUCUAUUUUUACCGUCCCCAAUGUGAGAUUGCAACCAGAAUCUGGAGAAAGCAUGCGGGCCUUUGGGAAAAACAAUAGUUAUGGCAAAUGUCUAUCGAAUAGCAAGCACUGAUGAGCACAGCGUUCUCAAGAGAGCACAGAUUAAGUUGUCAUCAUCCUGGGAAGAAUAGAAAACAUUAAUGAAGUGGCCAGUACUCCGAAGGGCAUCAUGGAUUGGUUUCCUUUCACUCCCUGUGGUGGAUUUCACUUACAAGAAAAUUGAAGCUGGCAAGACCCUGUUUUCUCUGCAAUUUAUUUAAAACCUUGCACGCACUUGGCUACCUUGUGAUUUCCAAGAACUAUGUGAAGAUUAAGCUUUGCUUACUGGUACAUGGCAUGUAUUCUUUUCAGUCUUUUGUGUUUGAUUUUGUUUGAUUUCCCUCGGCAGCACAGCGUCUCUGUAAAGGUUUUUAUGCUUUUACCAACCACGUCUUAAAUCCAUUAAGACAAUACAUUUGGUGUUCACACUUGUUCAGUAAUGUCUGUACUUAAAAGCCACAUAGUGGCAUAAAACAAUGUGUGUUUUCUUGAGACCAGGGCACGUUUUGCAACCACAAGGAAGGAGCUGUUUAGCGAGAGCAAACCGUGUUCUCCGACUGACUUGACGACAUGGUCCCUGGCGUCGGGGCCCGACUUGUCGCUUCCCUUUUGAGGACAUUUGCAGAUGUGUUGUUGUUUUUGUUUUAUUUUUUUCUCUUGGAAAUAACUGCACAUUUAUAUAGGAUAUCAGAAUAUGCUUAGCAUUUUCAAGCCACAUAGCAUGACUGUUUUCCAAGUAGGGUGAAAGUGGAGAGAAGUAUCAAGCAUUAAGAGAACAAAGGGAUAAACUGCUUACUUUUCAACCUCUGGAGAUUGAGGUAACUUUUUACAUGUUUUUCUGGGUCUUGUCAACAUCUUAUUUUUCCAUCCACUCUUUUACACUUUCGGUAUUUUCUUAAUGGAGAAAAAAGAGUGAGGAACAAAAUGUUUAAAACUUAGGUGCACAAGAAUUGGAUCUGCUGGGUGCGCCCUGAAAACCAUCUUUGCAUGUUAACGUUUAAAGCAAAUUACAAAGUUAUCAAGAGUUAGACAUUUGCUCAUUUACACCAAAGCACCUUUAAGUGACAUUUUUUUAAAAAACAUACCAAGCUGAUUGGAAGUCAUCAUUGGGUACCCUAACUUUAAACAGUCUCCUGGAAAAACUGUUCGAAUGCAGGUUUUAGAAGCAAUACAGGCGUCUUGCUUUUAAAAUGAGAAGGGGAAAAAAGAAAGGCCCGGCUUCCUUUGUUUAAGGAGUUGAGAGACCUUGGAGGAUGAAGGCAAGUAUGUGACAAGGAGGGAAAAGUGGAUUGGGCAUUUGUUGAGCUUUGAUCCAGAGGGAGAGCUGUCUGACUCAGGCCCGUCUCCUAGUGGGGCAGGCCUCGCUGCAGAAUCCCAGGUAAUACUGAGGCCAGGGUGGGUGGUUAGGAAAUUCAUCUACAGCAUGAAACCGAGCUCCUCGGGACACAAAUUUCUAUGGAAAUACCUACGUGUACAUUGUUUUACAUGUUCCUAUUGCUCAGAAAGAAGGAGAGACCAAGAACUUGAAAUGCAUCGCACUUUUGAAUAUCAAGACUAGGACGAAUGAGCCAGUUUGAGAAAGACUUUCUAUGAGAGUCAGGUGAGGGAAAAGCUUUUCUAUAGCCAAACCCAAUAUAACUAGGGGAUUAGACCCAGAAAUCCUGCACAUUAAAAUGGUACCUUCCUUGGAGUGGGGUGUGAGUAUAUGUAUUCACAAUCCAUCCUGUCCAGUAGUAGCAUUUAUUGUAAGCUUCUAAGUGCUAAGCAAGGAAUUAUUUACUGAUUGGUUUUGAAAGCAGCAAGUUGCCCAAUGCUAGAAUAUUAACCGUUUGCUACCUAGAAAUCUUCCCCAUUCUUCUUUCAUACAUUCCAACCCACUGGAAACCUUUAGAGGCAUUUUGAUGUAACAUGUACUUAAAUUAGGAUUUCUUAAAGUAAAUACGGAGAAGAAAAUCUUACAUGCAAUCGAAAAACAGCCUUGCCUGUGAUUUAUCUUGCAUUAUUCAUUUGCGGGAGAGGCGUCAUUUUUGGAUUUUACUAAGUUUAAACCAAGAGCAACAGAUGAUUAAAUCUUGCUAUAUCAUAAGCUUUCUAACUUGAAAAUUUGAAAAUAUUUAGUGUUAAAAGAUUUCAAUUAGGAAGGUUAGAGUCAUUCUGAGAUAUAUGCCCCUGUCACAGGCAGCUUCUCUUGGGAAAUGAAACAUAAUACUAAGUGGGGUGGGGGUAGGGCCUGUUUUAUUACAGAGACACGCCUCUCACAAGACCUUAUUUAGGAGGUUUUAGUUCCCCAUCCUUGACAUUGGUACAGAAAAUCCAAAGUUUGGUUUGUCUUUCUGUCCUCUCCUCUCCCAUUUGCAGUCAUGUUCUGCCUCCCUUCGUUUCAUACCUUCUCUAGCUGAGGGCCGUCAUGAAAAUCAUUACCGAAGGUGUUCAUCAGCAGAUGUACUAUUCUAUUGAGAAAGCACUGGAGUGUUUUGUGAGAUUAUUUUUAUAUGAAGGAGUAGCUUGGAUUCAAACAGCUGCAAUAGUAAGAACACAUUAGCAUGAUGGUUGUGUCGACGCACCAUCGCUGCGCAUAGUGUUCUGAAGGGAAAUUUGGGAUUUCAUUUCCAUGUUCUCACAGGAACAGUGUGGUUGACGUCAACAUACAAGAUUUGUAGAACAUGAGAAAAAAAAUGUUUGCAGUGCUCAGCAGAAAAUGGGGUAUAAGGCAGGGGUGGCUGUCCAUCCACUGAUACAAGGAUGAGAAGCUAUUUCUACCUCUCAAGAGUGAUGAGAAAAGUUUCCAGGGGCGCCUCCAGGCUUGCAGAGAAAGCAAGGCCCCUGAGUAUCCUUUCCUCAGUGUGUACGUGACAGCCCAUGUAAUCAGUACCCUAGGUUAUGCGUCUAUAUAAGAUACUCACCUGUGAAUAUUACUGGUUUUGUAAUCUUUGUUAUAUAAGAGGAUGUUUAGGCUGUACAUACUGGGGUAGAGUAUUGCCUGCCCCCUAUACAUAGGAAUAUGCGGCAUAAUUGCGCAUAACUUCCAUCUCCCUUUUGGCUUGUAGGCAGAAGAAACCACUUAUGUUACUGCCUUGUAAUUUUCUCGUACACCAAAAACAAAGUAAAACACACAAAAAAAAUCUCAAAUAAAAUAAGCAAUCUCCUAUUUCAUUCCCUUCCCACAGCAGCAUAUGUUAUAGGCACAUGCAAAAUCUACAUCCUCUAGUUGGGAGUGGAUUUUUUUUUCUUUUAUCUUUUUUUGUUGUUGUUUUUGUAUGAUACACUGAGAUGUGUACUUUCUAACGGGUUUGGUACCCAAGAAAUGUGCUAGCAUCAUUCAGAAAACUAUUAUACUUCAAAAACGACACAUAGUAUGGAGAAUGGAAUAAUACGUGUUGCAUAUUUGUUACCAAUUGUAAUUUGUCUGUAUUAUGAAAGAUGUAAUGGUUUGUCAAGCUGUCACUGUUGUUUUCUUGUAACAUGAUAUGGAAUAAAAUAUAGCAGAAUCUCUGUA